CAUUCGUGGACGGUACAAGUAGGUGGAUUAUUUGUGCGCCGUUGGUCAACGCCAUUCUCGCCCUGAAGAUAAGUCGCAAGAAACACAGAGUAAUUGAAGGAGGAAUUUUUUUGCAGAAAAGUGAUGGUAGGGAGAGAAGUAUAAUACGGUUGAUACAAGCACACCGACUCCGUUGGGCCAAGGGAAUUCCGGAGGCAGUUCAGCAGUUCCGGCUAUUGAAACUGCAACAAGAUUUGAUACAGGGAGUUUUGCUUGAGCAGGUGGGUUUUCUGAUCUAGAAUACUUUUUGAAGUCAUUGGUGCGCCUUAAUUGCUAAGAGCGAAGAACACAAAUGUGGAGAAGCGAUGAUUCUCUUUACAGUUCCUCAUGGUCGUCCAAACCGUCCAAUUUGCCACCUCCACCUGCAUCGAGUAAGGAGACCGGAUCAUCGUCCCCAAAGGGACAACUUUGCCGUCAAUUUACGAUUGAUGAGAUUCGAUCCGCCACCCAAAAUUUCAAAGAAAGCUUGCUCAUAGGGACAGGUGGAUUCGGGAAGUUGUACAAAGGCACAAUCAAGAAUGGAACAACAACCAGUAUUGUGGCUGUUAAGCAGUGGAACCACGCUUUUAAUCAAGGCGCCCAAGAGUUUCAGGCUGAAGUUCAAUUAGUUUCUAUGUUGCGACACCCUAACAUAGUGUGUUUGAUUGGAUAUUGUACUGAUGACAAAGAGAUGAUCCUUGUUUACGAAUAUAUGUCCAAUGGAAGCCUUGAAGAGCACCUACACAAGCACAAUACUCAAUUAUCUUGGUCGCAAAGGCUUCAGAUAUGUAUUGAUGUUGCACGUGCAUUACACUACCUCCACAGUGGUAGUGGGCAAGAGGUCAUACACGGCAAUCUUACAAGCUCAGAUAUUUUGUUAGAUAGCCAGUGGGGAGCCAAAAUCACAGACUUUGGAUUGUCUAAAAUAAUCUCUUUCGAUGACUGCUCUACCCAUGUUAGUACUGCUGUUUCUGCCUUUUCAGGCACGCUUGGGGAUAUUGAUCCAGAAUAUAUGGCAACAGGCAGACUAAGCAAGAAGUCUGAUGUGUAUUCCUUUGGAGUGGUUUUGUUGGAAGUGUUAUGCAGGAGGCGUGUAGUUGAUACAGGUCUUAAAAAGGAACAGCAAGGACUGGUGAGAUGGGCUCAAGACUGUGUGAGAAGAGGGAAACUAAAGCAGAUCAUAGAUCCAGAGUUGAAGGGGCACAUUUUACAUACGUGCUUGAAUGAUUAUGUGAAAAUAGUGGAAGAGUGUUUGCGUGAAAGUCAAAAUCAACGUUUAACAAUGGAUGAGGUUGUUUCUGGUCUUGAGUCUAUAUUGGCAUUACAAGAGAGAAGUGAUCAUAAAUCUAUUCCCCAAAUGGGUAUAACCACAUCUGAUUGGAGGUUGGAUAAGCAAUUCUCCCAUGGACGAAGAAACUCUGGGGGAAGCUACUUUAGCAAGGUGACAAGGCUUUUGUCUGCCAAAUCCCUUUUGCAUAAGGGAGAUCAUGGUCACAUAUCCAAACAGACCAAUUCGCCACCUCUGUCUGCAUCUAGUAAGGAGACCGGAUUAUCGUUUCCAAAGGGAGAAACUUGCCGUAGAUUUACAAUUUCUCAGAUUCGAUCCGCCACACAAGACUUCAACGAAAGCUUGGUGAUAGGGAAAGGUGGAUUCGGCAGUGUGUACAAAGGCACAAUCAAGAAAGGAACAACAACAACAACUACUGUGGCUGUUAAGAGGUGGAAGUCCACUUCAUCCCAAGGCGUCCAAGAGUUUAAGACUGAAGUGUAUUUACUUCCUUUGUUGCAACACCCUAACAUAGUGUGUUUGAUUGGAUAUUGUACCGAUGCCAAAGAGAUGAUCCUUGUUUACGAAUAUAUGUCCAAUGGAAGCCUUGGAGACCAUCUAAACAAGCGGAUCACUCCUUUAUCUUGGUCACAAAGGCUCAAAAUAUGUCUUGAGGUUGCACGUGCAUUAGUAUACCUCCACAAUGGGAGUAGUGGGCAAGAGGUCAUAUACAACAAUGUGAAGAGCGCAGAUAUUUUGUUAGAUAACCAGUGGGUAGCAAAAAUCGCAGACUUUGGAUUGUCUAAAACAAUCCCUUUUGAUGACUACCCUACCGAUGUAAUUAGUACUGCCGUUGUAGGCACAGCUGGGUAUUUAGAUCCAGAAUAUGUGGCAACUGGCAGACUAAGUAAGAAGACUGAUGUGUAUUCCUUUGGAGUGCUUCUAUUGGAAGUGCUAUGCAGGAGGCGUGCAAUCGAUUUAAGUCUUGUUCAGGAACAAGUAGAAUUGGUGAGAUGGGCUCAAGACUGUUUGAGACUAGGGAAACUAGAGCAGAUCAUUGAUCCAGAGUUGAGGGGUCGGAUUUCACUUAAAUGCUUAAAUGAUUAUGUAAGAAUAGUGGAAUGCUGUUUGCGUGAUCGUCAAGAGCCACGUAUUACAAUGGCUCAGGUUCUUUUUGGUCUUGAGUCUAUAAUGGCAUUACAUGAGAGAACUGAUCAUAAUUCAAUUCCCCAAAUGGGUAUAACUACAUCUGAUUGGAGGUUGCAGAAAUAUUUUUUUUCAUCCGGAGAGAACUCAGGGGGAAGAGAGCCGGAAAAGGAUUUUAAUGUUAUAUGGAAACCAUAUGAAAUGACUCCAAUGAGAAGUAUCCGGUUCUCUGGUGAGGAUUCUGAUCAAGCUAGUGAGCCAGACGAUGAAGUCAUUGUUCAAGAGUUGCCAUCUGAAGAAGAAACCAUGAAGUCCUUGUAUGAAUUGAUGCAGUUGGAGUAUAUACAACGAGCUGGUGGAUUGAUGAGGAUGAUUGACUUUUUACACCUCAUCUGGUUUUACCCUAUGAAAAAAGAAGCGGAGGUCAACUUUGGGUCUCUUUUAGACAAGUUUUCCUCAUUUAAUAAGUGCAUUAGAAAGUUACAAGACUCUUCAAGGGAUGAACGCUACCUGAUGGAGAUUCAAAAACUUCUUCAAGACAUCGAAGAAGAUUUUGAUGAUGCUGCUUUUGAUAUGGUGGCCUAUUUACCAGAAGGCUUGCAAGUUCCUUUAGCAAGUUUUUGGUCAGGUAUACCAGAAGUCCAUGCAAGUGCAAUUGCUUCAGCCACUCAACGAGCUAUAAGUUGUAUAACUGAUUUGAAAGUCAAGAAGCUUGGAACUGCAGGAAGUGGUGCUCUUGAAAUAGCCGAAAUAUUAAAGGAUAUGCCAGAGUUAAGAAGAGCCUUUGAUAUGGUGUUGUGUGUACAUGUAAAACAUGAAAGCAUCGAAGAGCUUAUGAAUGACAUAGAAGAAGAGAUGCAUUUGUGGAGGAAAAGAAGUUUGGAAACUGGCAGUAAAAUAAACGUUCUCAAUAAGUUCCCAAACUGCUUGUUGUUCGUAGAUUGCAGUGACUCUUAUAUCGAUUUUCAUGACCCUGAAUUCAAUCUUUCCAAAUGGUUUGGAACAGUGCAGAUAGUGAUUACAGAAAAUGCUUAUUGCCCAGUGGAUAUAGAGAUCAGAGUUGAGGAUCAUCUUCUACCUUGGAUAUUAUUCUCUACAAAUGUUGACCUAGAAACAGUGGGCAAGUACUCUGAAAUUCAACAAAUGGCAGCACAAUUAAUCGAAAAGUGCAAUGGUCAUUUACUUGCCAUCAUUUUACUUGCAAGGGCUUUGAGAGGCGUGGUUGAUGUUGGUGUAUGGGUACUUGCAUUAAACGAAUUAUCCUCACUCGAGAAGCCUUCUUCAUCAUCAUCCUCACUAGAGAAGCCUUCUUCAUCUUCAUCAUCACAGAUGGGUGUCACAAAUGAUGUCAUGGUGAGGGUAUUGAGAUUCAUUUGGUCUCGCAUGGAAUCCUUGUCUCAGAGGUGCAUCGUACAAUUCACAUCACACUACAUAGGAUCCAAAAUAAAAAAGUCUUCUUUGAUAAACAGUUGGACUAAAGAUGGCCUGGUAAAAGGCGAACAAGAAGCAGAAGAUGUCUUUGAAGAUGUUAUAAGGUCUUUCCUUAUAGAGCAAGUCGGGGGAAAUUGUGUUAGAAUGAGAAAUGAGAUUCGAGUUAUUUUAGUUACUUACUUUGUAGAGUCUCUACCUCGUGGAUAUGGACUUUAUCCUAAACAAGAUGGUUCAGAACCAAACAAAAUGCCAAACAUUGAAGAGUCGGAUGCCUGGGAAAUCCAUUUAAGUAAUAACAUAAUAUCCGAGCUUCCAAAUAACCCCAACUGCCCCCUUCUUGUGAAUUUGUUCUUGCACUUCAAUCAAGAUCUGACUGAUAUUCCUGUCACAUUCUUCGAUAACAUGCCGAGCCUCCAAGUUCUAGAUUUGUCCAGCACGAGCAUAAACUGUUUGCCAUCUUCCAUUUCUAAGUUGACAACUCUUGGAAAAUUAUUCAUAAGAGACUGUGACCUUCUGAUGGAACUACCACCUGAAAUUGGAGCCCUUAAGAAUCUCAAGGUAUUUGAUUCAGAAGGAACACAACUUGUAUGCUUACCAGAGCAAUUUGGGUCGCUAACCAAGUUAGAAUGCUUGAAGUUUUCUUUGUACAAACAAAGCAACCAAAGUAUGCAAAUAAUUCUUGCAGCAGUUUUAUCAAAGCUCCUACGGCUAAAGGAACUAAGCAUUUGUGUGGAUUUGUAUGGUGAACGGUGGGAAGAUGAGGUCAAACUUAUCAUCAACAUUUUGCCUAAAUUUCGGAAAUUGAAAUCUCUGACAUUGUAUUUCCCAACCACAGAACUUCUGAGCAUAUUUAUGGAGACAAAGAGCUGGCGAAAGGUCCCAAUUUACCAACAUUUGUCGAAUUUUGGUUUCAUUGUUGGUCACAUUCAACAACGUUUGAUAUCCCGUGUCCCACUUGACCUUCAUAAGACCUUUGUAAAACUUCCCAAGUGCUUCACAUAUACAAAUGGCGAGGAGGACCUAGAAGCUAUUUCCAUGGCGCUUACAGAUGCUGCUGCUCUUUUCUUGGACCGCCACUGGACUCUCCAGUCCUUGUCUGCCUUAGGACUGGUGGAGAUGGAGAAGCUGAAAUUCUGCCUGUUGUCGGAAUGCAAUGAGAUGCUGCAGAUUGUCAAUGGACUCCAUUUAGAAGAUUUUUUUGUAAGACCAGUUCUUGGAUCAUUACAACAUCUCUCAAUUCAUUACAUGAAGAGUCUCCUUUGCAUCUGGAAUGGUCCAAUUCAUAGUCAGUGUCUGUCCAAUCUAAAAACCUUGGCGAUGCAUUCAUGCCCUGAGUUGAGGACCAUUUUUACACAGGGGUUGCUUGAAAGUCUCACUUGCUUAGAGUGUCUUAUCAUUGAAGACUGUACUAUGAUCAAUAGCCUUGUUAGUUUGGGAUCCUACAACUCUACAUCAACUCGUUAUCUUCCAAGCUUGAAAAAGAUAUCACUUCUACACCUCCCUGAAUUGGUUAGCAUCUCUCGUGGUAUAAGUGUUGCCCCACGAUUGGUAAGUCUGGUCGUUUAUGAUUGCCCAAAACUUGAGAAACUAUCCUACAUGAAAGCAUUUGAUAAUGAUAUCAAGGAAAUUAAAGGAGAGAAUGAAUGGUGGGAUGCAUUGAAAUGGUGUGAACCGGAGUGGACUGGUGGUCCACCUAACUAUCUGGCUAAUGUUUUCAUCCCACUUGGAACAAAUGGUGACAUUAUGGAUGAACUAGCUGAUGCUGUCAACAUUCUCCCGCAUUUAAGUGAUUAGCCUUUUUUUUAACACAGGUAUUAAGGAAGCGGGAAAAGUGCAAGUGGACUCACGCCCAUGUGAAUUUUAAAAACAAAGUGUAUAUUAAAAGGUGUAAGUUUUGGUGUGAGUUGCAUAUGCCUAUACUUGCUAGAACCAUCAUGCUUGACUUUUUACUCGGUUACCGUGAAGUUUCCCCUUGAAAAGGAAUAUAGCAUACAAUUUAUAAAACUUACUUCUUGGGGCUAAGUUAUGUAUCAAGGGCGUAAUAGACAAUUGGUAAAUUUUGGUCAAUAUCAAUUCAAAUUAAUCUGUUUCUUUUUUGAGCUUUACUAAAUUUGAUGUAUAUUUUUUUAAAGUACAAUGUUGUAAUUAAAAAGUUAUUCAUAUCAUUCAUAAUGAGAAUGUGCAAGGUGUA